CGAAACCAGGAGGGCGUGGGACGCGGGGCCGGCUCCCGGAGGUGAGAGAGGGGAGCCCUGCGGCGGGGACAGGUAAUGAACCAAAAAGAUCAUGUCUGAAGUACAAGGAACGGUGGAGUUUUCUGUAGAGCUACAUAAGUUUUAUAAUGUGGAUCUCUUUCAGAGAGGGUAUUACCAGAUCCGCGUGACCUUGAAGGUGUCCUCAAGGAUCCCUCACAGACUGAGUGCCUCCAUUGUCGGGCAGACAGAGAGCAGCAGCCUGCAUCCAGCCUGUGUCCACGAGGGCACCAUGCACAGCCGACUCUUUCAGAUCUUGUACCGGAAUGAAGAGGUGCUCAUAAAUGAUGCCGUGCUCUUCCAGGCUCAUUUGCUCUUGGAUGGUGAAAGGGUGGAAGAUGCGCUGAGUGAAGUUGAUUUUCAGCUCAAGGUGGACCUGCACUUUACGGACAGUGAACAGCAGUUGAGGGAUGUGGCCGGGGCACCUGUGAUCAGCAGCCGCACUCUUGGCCUGCACUUCCAUCCGCGGAAUGGGCUGCACCACCAGGUGCCGGUCAUGUUCGAUUAUUUCCACCUGUCUGUGAUCUCUGUGACUAUCCAUGCUGCCCUGGUGUCUCUGCGGCAGCCGCUGAUCAGUUUCACUCGUCCGGGAAGAGGCUCCUGGCUUGGUAAAGGUGGCCCAGACAUGGCACAAGAGCAAUCCAUCAUUUCUCUGGAAAACCUGGUGUUUGGAGCUGGAUACUGCAAGCCGACUUCCUCAGAGGGCAGCUUCUACGCCCCCUCGGAGCACUGCAUGCAGCACGCGUACAAGUGGCACCGGGACCUGUGUCUGCUCCUCCUCCAGGCCUACCGGGGACUUCGCCUCUACUUCCUGCUGAUCAUGAGAGACAUCCCGGAGCUGCCGCACACAGAGCUGGAGGCCCUUGCUGUUGAAGAAACGCUUUCUCAGCUGUGCUCAGAGCUGCAGGUGCUGAACAAUCCAGAGAAGAUAGCAGAGCAGAUCAGUAAGGACCUCGCCUGGCUGGCCGGCCACCUGAUGGCUCUGUGGACCCACUUCCUAGACGCGGUGACUCUGCACUCCCAUGUGACCAUGUACCUCACCCAGGAGCAUCACACCUUGAGGGUUCGCAGGUUUUCUGAGGCCUUCUUUUAUAUGGAGCACCAAAAAGUUGCAGUUCUGACUUUCCAGGAAAAUCUGAUCCAGAGCCAUAGCCAGCUGUCCCUGGACGUCCGGAACUCCGAGUACCUGGCCAGCAUGCCCCCACUGCCCGCAGAGUGCCUGGACAUCGACGGCGACUGGAGUACCCUGCCUGUUAUCUUCGAGGACAGAUACGUGGACUGUCCCAGCAAAGGGAAUAAUUUGAGUCUUUGUCCUAAAUUUGAUGUUUCAGUAACAAGUCCCACAGUCAUGAAUCUAAAAAAAAAGAAAGAAGAGAACCAUAUUGUAAAUAGAAAAUUAUCUGUUACGGAUGAAUUUGUCUCAUCUACUGUGAAACCACCCCGGGUGGACUCUAAUGAAGAUGUUAUUAGGUGUCCAGAGCCAGACAAGAAUAUCACUACACGAAAUCCUGCAGACGUGUGCUCUGAAUCUCAGGUGUAUCUGACAAUUGGUGAAUUUCGGGACAAAGCAGGUGCACGUGAAGACAAAUCUUUGACUGGCCAAAGAUCUGAUGUUGGGACACACCCACUGGCAGAGGCAGACUUGUCCAAAAGGAGUCCAGGCCCAGAGGACGGACAGGCCCCUGCACUGACUUACAUCGAUGUGAACUCCAGCAAUAAGACCCCCUCCAAAGCAGAGUCCACGGUGGUCGUGAGUGCUCAGCAUGAAAGUAGGAACUCUGGACACACGUGCAGCUCAGACAAGGAUGGGUUAAGUAAAGUAGUGACAGUUGAAAGUCACCAAAAUGCCAUCUCGUUAGACAAAAUAGCUGUCUGUGGUGAGUUAAGUACUGUAGUAAAAGGAGGUGAACAGGAGAGUAAGGUGGUGCUGCUGCAUCUGAAAAUCAUCCCUUCCGAGCCCUGUGACCCACUGAGCUCUACUCCAAGGGAGCCGUUGGUGGAUAUUAGGUCUUCCCUAAAGGACCCUCUCCAGGAAGAGCAGGAGGAACUGUCAGUGCUCUCUGGGGUCAUCAAGAGAUCUUCUUCCGUCAUAUCUGAUUCCGGUAUCGAGAGUGAGCCAAGCUCCUUCGCUUGGUCCGAGGUCCGGAACAGGGCCCUGGAGCUGCCCAGCGACCGGGAAGUCUCGCACCCAUCUGUGCGAAGACACGCCCUGCACAGGAGUUCCUUAGAGGGCGGACACACUGAAAGCAACGUGAGUUUGCCAAGUGGGAUCCAGGCUUCUCUCACCUCCAUUAGCUCUCUGCCUUUUGAGGAGGAGGAGCGGGAGCUGGCUCUCACCAAGUUAACCAAGUCUGUGUCUGCGCCCCAAAUCAGUAGUCCAGAGGAGGCUGCCAAUGAGACUGACGCCUCAGAGCAAGGUAGAAAUUCUGGCAAAACUUCAGAUACAGACCUCCAGGGCAAAGACUCUCCCAGACACUGUGCUCACCUUUGUCAUGGCUCCGGAGUCCAGGAUGCCAGGGCAGAGUCAGAUGCUGACCACCUGCACGGCCCUGGUUACAUAGACAUUCCCAAAGGUAAAGAGAGUCAGUCGGAUCCUCAAGGGCACUGUAAUCUUGAUGGCAGGACUGAGAACACUGCAAGCCUUGAAACCAAAGUUCUUAACUUAAAAAUACCAUGCGUCAUAGCACUUGAAAAUCCUAGGAUGAGGUCUUUUCAGAGAGCACUAGUGGAAACCCCAAAGAGCACAGCUAAAGACUUGAAUAUGGGUAAACAGGCUCUUUCCAGUGGUGGCGUCUCAGAGGUUGAGGGUAUCUCCCCCCAUAAGAUGCACGAAUCGAGCCAUCCAUCAGCUGCUGAUGUCAUCAACCGGAGUUCAUCAGGCAAGAAAAGAAGUUCGUCUCGCACCACCAAUGACACAGCAGGUGACAGAGGCGUGACUGCCUUCUCAGAGAGUAAACACCAAGCAGGCACUGUGUGCCCCACUGUGACUCACUCUGUUCACUCCAAAGGUUCAAGAAACCAAGAGCCAGAGGCGGGUACUUCUGUCGGGGGGUCGCCCCCGACCUCCACAGAGACGUUCUCUCUGGAGGGCCUGAAGGCCGUAGAGGUUGUCAACCUGUCCGUGUCCUGCACUGCUACAUGCCUUCCCUUCUCAUCUGUGACCAAGGAGCCCCCUGCCAGGACUGGGUUUUCUUCCAGACAGACCUCAUUUCCCAUCACUCAUCAACCUCUGGGCUCUUUUGGAGUUGUCUCUACCCAUCCCAGCAAAUUGGAGGAAGAAGUCAGUGAGAGGAUGUUUAGUUUCUAUCAGGCCAAAGAAAAAUUUAAAAAAGAACUGAAGAUUGAAGGCUUUCUGUACAGUGACGUGUCUGUGCUGGCUUCGGAUAUGCCGUACUUCCCACCAGAGGAAGAGGAAGAACCUUUGGGAGACGGGAUUCACCUGGUUGUCUGUGUGCACGGCCUGGAUGGAAACAGUGCAGACCUCCGGCUGGUGAAGACUUUCAUAGAGCUGGGGCUCCCUGGAGGGAAACUGGACUUCUUAAUGUCUGAAAAGAACCAGCCGGACACGUUUGCAGACUUUGACACCAUGACAGACCGAUUACUGGAUGAAAUCAUUCAACAUAUUCAGUUGUACAACCUCUCCAUAUCCCGAAUAAGCUUCAUCGGCCAUUCUCUGGGCAACAUCAUCAUCAGAUCUGUUCUCACGCGGCCCCGGUUCCGGUAUUACCUCAACAAACUCCACACCUUCCUGUCACUGUCCGGGCCUCACCUGGGGACCUUGUACAACAACAGUGCCCUGGUUAGUACAGGCUUGUGGCUCAUGCAGAAAUUGAAGAAAUCUGGGUCUCUACUGCAGCUGACCUUCAGGGAUAAUGCUGAUUUGCGCAAAUGUUUCCUUUACCAACUAAGCCAAAAAACAGGGCUGCAGUAUUUUAAGAAUGUCGUGCUGGUUGCUUCCCCCCAAGACCGCUACGUGCCAUUCCAUUCUGCCAGGAUCGAGAUGUGCAAAACGGCCCUCAAAGACAGACACACAGGGCCAGUUUAUGCGGAAAUGAUCAACAACCUGCUGGGCCCUCUGGUUGAAGCCAAGGACUGCACUUUAAUUCGACACAACGUGUUCCAUGCCCUGCCCAACACUGCCAACACCCUGAUCGGCCGUGCGGCUCACAUCGCUGUGCUGGACUCUGAGCUCUUUUUGGAGAAGUUUUUCUUGGUGGCGGGACUCAACUACUUCAAGUAGCAGCUGUGAGGGAGCAGGCCUUGGUAACUCACCAGAGUGUUUACGAUCAAUCCAGAGUGUUAGCCGAGACUUGGGUGUAUAGUCCUCACUACUCCAAGGUAGAGCUCCCUAGGAUGGCAGUGAGGGGUGGAGGCUGGGUGGAACCCAACAUUAGAGGUGCUUUUGGAGAUUUGAGAAAGCCAAACAAAGAGUAUAAAUGACAACAGACUUUGCUUGGAUUUGUCUAGCCAUCCGGAGUCUUCUUCAAGAUACUUUCUAGGAAAAAUAAGAGGGGGAAAAAACCCCAGAAUGUGUGUACUUGGAGUGGGUGAGCCCACCUUCUAAACCACCACUGGGUCACUGAGGGCUGCUCCGAGUAUGAUUGUCCAGUACAUCACUAGCUCAUAGCUUUAUCAUUUUGAUUAAAUUAAGUGCACACAAGCAUUUCAGAACUCAGGUUAACCUCUGUGCAGAAGUGGGACAUAAUUGUGUAAAUAGAAUCCUUAAUAGAUUCAGAUUCACCACUUGUUCAAGACAGUGUGAUGCCCAUGUUCAUAUUCUCUCUCUCUCUCUCUGUUUUCAAAACAAGAGACAAAGGAAUGCAUUACAAAUCCCAGCUCUGUUUCCUAACAGCAGCAAGUGGGGUGACUUAAGGUAAGGAGGGAUAAAGGUGAUGCUAUCGGUAAAUACAGGUUUGAUACAAACACAUCUCUAGGGAACACACAGUCACUACACCUACUUCCCCAGACUUUUUCUAUGCAUUGCCUUGCUCCACAAUCUAUUUCUGUGAUUUCUUCCAUCUCUGUCUGUGGUGGGGAAAAUUGAGUGAGACUGAACCUGGCAGAAGGGGUCACUGAGGUUAAUGCACAUUGUGCGUGUAGGAGGCUCCUGCUGGUAUAUCCAAAGAAAUGCAAUGUUAGCAUAUGAUGCAAUUGCAAAAAAAAAAAAAUAUUAAAACCUUUAACAUGGCCAGCUGCUUCUCCUCUCCAUGGAAGGAGAAAGUCAUCUAGAGAGAGGGGAGCUGGGUUCAACCUCAGGGGAGCUCUAAGAAGGGUGCUGGUAUUCUUUCAAUAGAAAUGUCUUCUUGCCUUAGGAAAAUAAAGGGCUAGGAAAGGUCAUCAUUCAUAACAACCAAUAGUGAACGGGGACAAAAGUGAGGUCAGAGUGGGGAACAACAGCCAGACCGAAGAUUCAAACUCUUACUGAUGAGUUAAGGGGAAGUUUUGAAAAUUACCAGGAUGUUUACUACACUGUAUGGACUAAAGGAAGCCUAAAGAAUCAUUUAGCUGUAAGGAGGGAUGGAAUGCAUGAGCCUGGGCUGCAGGGAUGAAUAACACAGGAGGUGCACCUGCUGGACCACAGGGAUGAAUAACACAGGAGGUGCACCUGCUGGACCACAGGGAUGAAUAACACAGGAGGUGCACCUGCUGGAGAUGACAGCUCCUUCUUCUGCACAAUAGUUACACAAAUUUCAUAUAGGCGAAGGACUUUUUUAAUCCUAAAUUGACAGUUGAACAAUCUGCAGCCCCACAAGAUUGGGAUGACUUAGUCAAAACUACAGUCCUUGGAAAGUGCAGAAACUAAUCUGGAACCAGGUUCCCUGACCAGCUUCUGGACCAUGACUCUAGGUUACCAACACCAUGGUGACAAAGCCAAGCGAAUCUGGGCUCAUCUGAGAAUUUUAGAUUCUUGCAUGUGACUUGGCAAAACAAAGGCAGAACAUGAGACAGGCAAUUUAGCAGAUUACACGUGUGGAUUAAAAAACAAAACAAAACAAGUUUAGUGGGGAAUGGCACUGGUGUUAGUGUGUCAUGGGGGAUCUGCAAGGGCAGACGUCCACACAGUGGAUUUAGGGUUUCUUUCUGGGUCUUUUCUGAAUGCUCAUUACAUCCUGGUCUAAACACACAUGGGGUCUCUAAGUCCUCUGGUCACUUUCCCACUGGGAGUUCUUCUCUGAGUUCCCGAGUCAGUGUGGGGCAUGCACUCUGGCUAUCAUCAAAGUGCCACAUUCACGCUGUGACCUGGGGACGUGUGUUUCCUACUCAUGAAUCCCACAGUGCUGUGUUUUCUGGCCUGGACAAAUCCCCACGCUUAGCUGGGAUCACAGGUUUGUAGCAACUUCCCCUUUCUGGACAAGUGACAGGCCCUGUCCCGCUGAAGAGCGCAUUUCAUGUUGUAUUUCCAAUUCCCAUCAACAACGUUUGUCAUUGCCUGGUCAUUUGAAAGACCAUGUAGCCAGCGGUUAUGGAGCCAGGAUGGGUCUGAUGAUCAUCACCUUUUCCAAUAACCAGAUGCCAUUUUUAACUUCAAUAUGCUGUCUGGACAUAGUGAGAACUCAUGGCAAUAAAUGUCCAGCUGCAUGGUGCACCUCUUUUUUACAGGGGUGUUGUGCUGUCUUUGUAAACGCUCUUUGGCCUCUGAGCAUCUGUAAUUGUGUAGGAAGUACAUCUCUAUGUUGUAAAUAAGGGUGUCCAGUGUUGUGUUCUCAUGCCUCAUUUGAAAAGGCUUUUUUAUGUCUUUCUAUUAAAGUAUAGAUAUCUAAUAUAUACACACAUAAAUAUAUAAAUAUAUAUAUAAUGUAAAGCAGUAACAUUCUAUUAUAAAAAUUAUAGACAAAAUGCCUGCUGAGUUACUCGUCUAGUAUGUUUCAUUCUCUGUCUAGUUUUGUUUUUUUGGUUUGUUUUAAUGAUUUGUUAAGUCUCCCAAAAUAGACAUA